UACAAUUGACAACUCACCCGGAAGUUUCCGCUGCCGGAGCCAGAUCACUUCCGGGUCUCCAGCUCCGCUUCGUCCCCCUCUUUUUUUUCUUCGGCCACGCCGCAGGUGGGAACCGGCUUACAUCCGGCUCCCUUCACAGUUCACCCUUCAGCUCUUACGGCCAAGAGAUGUUGCUGAGGAGCUGGCAGGGCCCGGGAGCCUCCCUGGGGUUGCCGGCGGCGCUGCUGCUGCUGCUCCUCAACCUGGGCUGGUCCGUCCGCGCCUCGGAGAUCACCUUCGAGUUGCCAGAUAACGCCAAGCAGUGUUUCUAUGAAGAGAUCGUGCAGGGCACCAAGUGUACCCUGGAGUUCCAGGUGAUCACUGGAGGGCACUAUGAUGUUGACUGCCGCUUAGAAGAUCCAGAAGGCGUUGUACUAUACAAAGAGAUGAAGAAACAAUACGAUAGCUUCACCUUUACCGCAUCCAGAAAUGGGACGUACAAGUUUUGUUUCAGCAAUGAGUUUUCUACCUUUACACACAAAACAGUGUACUUUGACUUCCAGAUUGGAGAUGAUCCGCCUCUGUUUCCUAGCGAAAACAGAGUUACUGCACUUACUCAGAUGGAGUCGGCAUGUGUUUCAAUUCAUGAAGCUCUAAAAUCUGUCAUAGAUUCCCAGACUCAUUUUCGGUUGAGAGAAGCACAAGGCCGCAGCAGAGCAGAAGACUUAAACACACGUGUGGCUUAUUGGUCAGUAGGAGAAGCCAUCAUUCUUCUUGUAGUUAGCAUUGGGCAGGUAUUUCUUCUCAAAAGCUUCUUCUCAGACAAAAGAACCACCACAACUCGUGUUGGAUCAAUCUGGGUGUGUUUUGCUGCAAUGGGAAAUGGCAACUCCAAAAGAACGUUUCCUUUUUCUCCAAGGAACAGCAUGAAGGGCAACCAUGCAAGUCCAGGACAAGAAGGCUUUAAGCAAAAGCCCAAAACAUCUGAACUGUCACUGGGCGAAGAAACCAGCGGUGGUACCAAUACCGAAGAAAUUCACAGCAGUGACGAAGAUGCUGGGGAUGUUUUUUACAGGUUUGUGGUUCUUCAUGCUGAGGAAGAUGUCGAGGAAGCUGUUAGAGUCCAGGACUUGCUACAGAAUGAAUUCUGCAUUAAACCAGGAAUAAUAUUUGCAGAAAUGCCUGGCGGGAGGCAUCUGUUUGAAAAUUUAAAGGAUGCAAUGAAUGGGUCUGCUUGGAUAAUCAUCUUGCUGACUGAAAACUUCUUAAGUGAGCUUUGGUGCGAGUUCCAGAUCUGCACGUGUCUGUUCAGUGCAAUGACCGUACCACACAAAGGAUACAGCGUCAUCCCGAUGAGGCCGCGGAAUAACCCACUCCCAAGGGAGAGGACUCCUUUCGUUCUCCAGACCAUUAACACACUACAGGAAGAUAGCCCUGGAUUUGCCCAGCAAGUGAAGAACAUUUUCCAGGACUCGAGAUAUAGGCAACAGCAAGCCAUAUGGCAGUAUGAAAAGAAGAAGGAAGAGGUGCAGAAACUGCUCGAGUGGCAAACCUAUUAAGACAAUUUCUGCGGAAACCCCCAUACGCACCAAAGAACUGCUUUUUUCAAAUGAUCCCCACUGAGUGUUAAUCAUCCUAACACUUAACUGUGUCUCAUGGCAGAAAAAUGCUCGCUAGCUGUAAGAGCUGACUUCAUGGAAGCUUUGCAGAGGGGGUUCAUAGAACAGGGGUUACAGAAAGAAAUCUAGUUAAAUUAUCUUUCAUAGAGCCAGAAGUAGCUCUGCCUGGGAGGGGCACUACAGGAGAGCUGACAAUACUGGGCUAGAUGGUCCAAUGGCCUAAACUCUGUGGUUCUCAAAGUGGGCAGUACCAUGCCCAGGGAGGGGCGCACGGUUACCUGUAGUGUGUGCUAAGAGAUAGGGUGGCUCUGGAGGUGUAAAUGACUAUCGGACUUUGAGAAGCUGUUAUCUCUAGAUAAAGUUCCAUCAGUUUUGUUGCACUAAUUGAACUAAAUAGUUUUCAUUGGAUUUUGAAUAAAUGUGCAGUUAUUUGUUACCG